AUGAGUGACACUCUUGAAACUAUAGCUAAUACUAUUCUAGCUUAUAUAGGAAUAACAAAGUAUAUUAAAUAAUUUAAAAAUAAGCGAAAUUGCCUCUUGUGAUCUGACUAUUUUCAAUCAAAAUUAUAAUAACCCUUCAAAACGUGAAAAAACACUACAUUAGUUAUCCAUAAAAAAUGAUUUGACAAUUGAAGCACGUUUAAGGUGGAUUGGAGGACGUUGA